AUGGCCCGCUCCUCACGAGAUACGUUUUCUGGCGAGUUCGAGAACAUCGCGUUCCUGUUCGAUUCGAGCCGAAAGAUAUCACUUGAUUUGAAAUUCCCCGUCGAUACCAGCUAUCCACCUUCGACUACCGUUGAGCAAAUCCCACCUUACGUACCACUGGAAGCAAGCGUGAGGGCCCGAUGUAGGCAAAUAUGGGUGCCAUUGACAGCUUGGAUUACCAGUUUUAUUGCCACCAUCUUGUACUCGCUCUUCAUCUACCGAGUUCUUAUCGUUAGCAAUCCAAAAAUUGGGUCAUGGAUCGUCGACGCUUCCGAAGCAAACUUGUUGCUCUCUAUAUUCUCCCAGUUGUACGCUAUGCUGCUCUUGUUCAUGCUACAAGGUCUACUUGAUGCUAUGAGGUGGACGCUCGCGUCGAGGGCUGAUGAAGGGGGGACUUCGGCUUCAAAUUUCUUUCAACUAAGCCCAGGAACAAAUUGGUAUUCCGUGUGCAGAUUGAUUUAUAACAGCGGCUUCAGAAACUCGUGGGGGCUUUUAAGACUUGCCCUACCGUUUGUUGGCCUGGCGUUUGGAUCUUUGUUAAAAUUCCAGAAUACUUUCGAGUACCACUUUGUAUCCGGAGAACCGACUAUCGACGUCUUCGCGGGAACUCUGAUCCCCGAUAUCACAACCCUCAGUUCGAUUCCAACAUCAUACAUGGCUGCAUUCUUCGAUACUUGGGCACAACAACUGAAUAAUUUUCCACGCUAUGCAAAGACUUGGUCGCUAGAUAGCUGCACAGGAGAAUGUAGUUCUAUGUUUCUUCCUGGAGGAAUGGAAAUUGCUCGGCGUGUUGGCCCUUUUCUGAACAAAACAAUUCUCAACGGCGGUACAUUUGAGAACGUGGAAGCCAUCAGUAUCGAAAGUGCACCAGGGCUAGCCCUCCGGUUUGAUCCACUGGACGAGGAUUUCGAAUUCGACAUCGAAAAAGAGUGCAAGGCUUAUAUAAGUAUGGGCGAUGGAAUGCAAAUGUGUUUACGACAGAUGAACGAGUCAAUCGCUGCUGGCUGGAGAGCAUGUCCCACGCUCCAUACGAUAAUGAAGACAUGCAAGACAAUAGAAUACUGGGGAACAGACCCCUUGAAAACAAAGACUUUAAUGACAGUCUACCGGCAAAAUGCAACGACGAUCUACAGCCGGGAUAGCUUAGCGAUCCAACAGAUCACGAAGACUUCUGAGCCCAGAAUUUCAUUGGUUAGUGCCUCAGACACGCGAGCCAUCUGGGAUCACAUUUUCACGCCACGAAACAAAUCAGGCGACCUAGAUUAUCAGUCUAUUAAUGUUACGCUCCACCGGCUGGCGUGGAAGUACCGAACGUACUUUGAGUGGUUCCCUGAUGAUGAUGCGCCAGUUGAGCAGCUUCAAAACUUUCUUGCUGUCCCGAUGCAGUUUGGCGUUACAGCAAUGCAGUAUACCAAUUAUACAAUGGUGACGCCAGAGGACAAGCGCGACUUUACCCGCGAAAUGGUCACUACCGCUACCGGUGGCAAGUCAAUUCAGAAGUUUGUUGGUCAAACUUGGACAUCAUGGACUUUUAUUACUGCCGGUAUAUUUGUAGUCCUUUCGUCGGGCGCCGCAUUCUGGUGGAUCAUCACGAGAGGCAAUGUAGUGCCUAAUCCCUCGGGUGUCAUCGAGAUUGACUUUGCCUCCAAGUUGGUUGGCACAGCAAGGCAGUCAAGGAAGGAAUUAAACCCUGAAAGCGAUAUUGAACGGUAUAGAGACAUGGUCCGUGACUCUAGUCAGAGAAUGGACACGGACUCUGCCUCGCUGUUCAAAGCGUUCAAGAGUUGGAGGGUUGAAAUUGAGGGUACUGAGAAGAUGGAGCAGAAGGAGCUCCAAGACGGAUAUCCGUCCUUGCUGAAAUUUUCCGCGGCACGGGAUCAGCUAAAUGGUGAUAAAUCAUAA